CUCCCCAUCUCCACCCCCUUCCUGCCGCUGACCAGGCCCUCCCUGGAGCUGGAAGAGAGAAGGACCAAGUCACACCCUGGAAGAAGCUCUGUGGCUCCGGAGGUCUUUCUGCUGGCCUGUCCCCAUGCCUCUCUUCCUCUUGCUGCUCCUGCUGCCAAGCCCUUCACACUCCCACCCGAUCUGUGGCAUCAGCAAAGUGGUCAGCGAGGUGGAAAUGAACUGUGAAAAUAAGGGUCUGAAGGCACCACCUCCAGAUCUGCAAGCAGAAACCAACAUCCUCCGCCUGGGUGGGAACCCUCUGGGCACCUUCUCCAUGGUGUCCAUGGUGAAUCUGACUCACCUCACUCAGCUGCACCUGGAGAAGAGCCAGCUGACCAGCCUGCAGACUGACGCGACGCUGCCCCGGCUGGAGACCCUGAUUAUAUCCCACAAUACGCUGAGAAGCCUGCCCUUGUUGGGACGGGCGCUGCCGGCACUCUAUACCCUGGACGUCUCCUUCAACGAGCUGGCCUCAUUGUCUCCUGAUGCCCUGGAUGGCCUGAGCCACCUCCAUGAGCUCUACUUGCGUGGCAACAAGCUGAAGACUCUGCCCCCGCGGCUCCUGCAGCCCACGCCCAAGCUGAAGAAGCUCAACCUGGCUGAAAACGGGUUGAGUGAGCUGCCCCCUGGGUUCCUGGAUGGGUUGGAGGAACUUGACACCCUCUACCUCCAGCGGAACUUGCUGCGCACAAUACCAAAGGGCUUCUUUGGGGACCUCCUCCUGCCUUUUUCUUUUUUCCACGACAACACCUGGUUCUGUGACUGCGGGAUCCUCUAUUUCAGCCGCUGGCUGCAGGACAAUGCCAACAACGUGUACAUAUGGAAGGAGGGCGUGGACGCCAAGGCCAUGACCCCCAACGUGACGAGCGUGGGGUGUGUCAAUCUGCCCAACACGUUUGUCUACACCUACUCAGGGGAGGGCUGCCACACCCCUGGCGACAGGGACAGCAUAGACUACGACGUCUACGAAGAGGAUGACGAGGUGCCUGCCACAAGGGCUGCGGGCAGCUUCUCUACCCACACCAGCGCCCACACCACCCACUGGGGCCUGCUUUACUCAGUGCCGACUGCUCCGCUAGGUCCCCAAGUGUCCUCCUUGCCUCCAACUAAGGAACAGACCACGUUCCGAAUUUCUACAGGACCCAUCACAUUCUCCAAAACUCUAAAACCCACCCCAGAGCCCACAACCCCGAGCACCCCAGAGCCCACAGCCCUGAGCACCCCAGAGCCCACAGCCCUGAGCACCCCAGAGCCCACAGCCCAGAGCACCCCAGAGCCCACAGCCCAGAGCACCCCAGAGCCCACAGCCCCGAGCACCUCAGAGCCCACAGCCCAGAGCACCCCAGAGCCCACAGCCCCGAGCACCCCAGAGCCCACAGCCCCGAGCACCCCAGAGCCCACAGCCCAGAGCACCCCAGAGCCCACAGCCCCGAGCACCUCAGAGCCCACAAGCGAGACCUCAGGACCCACCAUAUCCUUAACCUCCACAGAACCCACUUCACUUCCCACUAUCUUAGAAUCCACCACAGCCACCAUCUCUGAAUUUGUCAACCUCCUGAAGGCCCAGGGGGUGGCUCAGUGGAAUGUGGAGAGUUCCAGAAACGACCCUAUCCUCAACUCUGACUUCUGCUGCCUCUUCCUGGGCUUCUAUAUCUUGGGUCUCCUCUGGCUCCUCUUUGCCUCUGUGGUCCUCAUCCUGCUGCUGUUCUGGGUCCAGCACGUGAAACCACAGGCCCUGGCCACAGUCACGCACACCUCACAUCUAGAGCUGCAGAGGGGAAGGCAAGUGACAGUGGCCCGGGCCUGGCUGCUUUUCCUCCAAGGCUCGCUCCCCACUUUCCGCUCUAGCCUCUUCCUGUGGGUGCGGCCUAAUGGCCGUGUGGGGCCUCUGCUGGCAGGACGGCGGCCCUCAGCCCUGAGCAUGGGUCGUGGUCAGGACCUGCUAGGGACAGUGGGCGUUAGGUACUCUGGCCACAGCCUCUGAGGGGGGGUGGUUUGGGGACCUCGAGAGAGACUCUGAUGGGCUUUCCUAUUGGGAUCUAGCUGGGGG